UUCAACAGCAAGCAUAGUUAGUCGUUGGAAUCUUACAAGUGUUACGCCAUGUACCGACUGAAAGUGUUGUUAUAUUUUGUGCUAAUAUCAUUACCAGCCGCAAAAGUCCAGUGCAGCAAUGGUACAGCAUCAUCGCUUACCGGCUUUGGCUUUGAAGUGUUAGCAGCCAAACUUGAGAACCUGCAGGACAAGCUUCUCGAAACUGAGCAGAAGCUAUCCAAAGCCAUCAAUCAGCAGGAUCGCACGAUCGAACGUCAGCUAGCCGCACUGCAGGCGCAGUCGCACAAGACGCUCUCCCUGCAGACAGCUUGGGCGCAAAAGACGAAGUUGUGGAAGGAUAUUCAAGCCCUAUCAUUAAAGGAAGAUAUAGAACGGUUUAAGCUUAGCUCAGGGCUAAAUCUAGCCAGCAUCUCGUCGCGAUCAUGCAAGGCGGCUGGGCAGGAGCAGUCGGGCAAAUUCUUAAUACAUCCUACGGAGCAUGAUGAACCAUUUUUGGGAUAUUGUGUUCAACAGUACAGUUUCGGAGGAAACUGGUUAAUUAUCCAGCAUCGCAACAACAGAAGGCUGGAGGCAUUUGACCGCAACUGGAGCGAGUAUCGGAACGGGUUCGGAAACGUUGAGGAAGAUGUUUGGCUCGGCUUAGAGAAGCUACACGCAAUUACCACAGCACGAAAGCACGAGCUGUUGGUUGAGCUGAAAGAUAUUGCUGGAAACACGGCGUACGCACGGUACGAUGAGUUCGAGAUCGGCAGUGAGGUGGAGCAGUAUUCGUUGAAGAAGCUUGGGAAUUACACAGGAACGGCAGACGACUUAAUGAGCAGUCACGUAGGCAAGAAGUUUACGACAAAGGAUCGGAACAAUGGUGCAACAAGGGAUGGUGACUGUGAAGGAGGAUGGUGGAUGGACCCUUGUACGCCUACAAAUAUAAAUGGACGUCUGAGUAAUAAAGACAGCUUAGUGUAUAUGUUUAGGGAAAAUAACAUAUUUUCUAUCAAAAAAUUGGUAUUUACGAGAAUGAUGAUCCGUGAAGCUUAGCGCACUAGGCAAGCAUUAAUGUAAGGAAACAAACCCAUAAAAAUAUAUCAUCCUUUUUACGCAAAUAUUUAGCAUCGAUUUAAAGUUGUCCUUCCCUCGAAGCUUUCAACAUACACCGCACAUCGUUAUCCUAUCUGUGAAAUUGUACACCAAUACAGGGCUUUCCAAGUCAGUUUCGAGUAUGUACAUAAUUAUUCACCACCUACAAGAUGUUUUUCAACAGCUGUCAAAUUGUGUAUUAGCUUCAAAAUGAAAUUUCAGUUUUUUCACAGAUGUUCAACAUAUCACAAAGAACUUUCAAACUCAAUCCAGCUUGAGGCGUGUUGAAAAUCUUCUUCUUCUUUGGCACAACAACCGCUGUCGG